AUCAGCCGAUGAUCAGAUGACUGAAAAGGAAACUAUUUAAAACUCCUAAUGAGACACUUGAUGCAAGUUUAUACAUUUCUUGAGCGGUGCUUUCAGGGAGCGCACUAAAAAAAAAAAACGCACCACCACCAGGCUCUGUUGCUCUUUGUCACCACUGGAUCUAAACUACCUAAUCUACCUAACAACUGAGCAACCACCCGGCAACACAAAAAAAAGACAUUUUUUAUAUUCCCAGGAAGCUUUUAAUUCCUCCACACUCGUCUGUGACUGAGAAAUGAAUCAUAAAGCCCUUUUGCUGUGGAUUUUCCUACAGUGUGCUGCUGCGCUUUUCUCAUCUGCUGUUGGAGAAAACGCUGUUCUUAAAGACAGUGGAUCGGAUGAGCUGCCAACUGACAGCAAGGCUCUCUAUGGCGCCGUCAAGUACAACAUGAGGAAGAGUUUAGACAUGGACCAUGAGGGUUGCUACCUGCAGGCUGGCAAGAGGGAGUGUCUAGAGGAGUGUGGCUUCAACGCCACAGCCAAGACCAUCUUCAUCAUCCACGGCUGGACGAUGAGCGGGAUGUUCGAAAGCUGGAUGCACAAGCUGGUCUCUGCAGUGAUGCAGCGGGAAAGUGAGGCCAAUGUUGUGGUCGUUGAUUGGAUAUCUAUGGCUCAGCAGCUGUACCCCGACGCGGUCAACCACACCCACGACGUCGGCCUCGACAUCGCCGGCUUGCUCAACUGGCUUCAGGACGAGCAGCAGCUGCCUCUGGCGAACGUGCACCUGAUUGGCUACAGCUUAGGCGCUCACGUAGCGGGCUACGCGGGGAGGUUUGCGCGAGGGACCAUCGGCAGAAUCACCGGUCUAGACCCAGCAGGUCCGAUGUUUGAGGGUGUAGAAGAACAGAAGCGCCUCUCCCCAGAUGAUGCCGACUUUGUGGACGUUCUGCACACAUACACUCGAGAGGCUCUGGGUGUGAGCAUCGGGAUCCAGCAGCCAAUUGGGGACAUCGACAUCUACCCCAACGGUGGUGAAGUGCAGCCCGGCUGUGCACUGGGUGACGUGCUGGCAGUGGCUGGAAAUUUCAUGGAGGUGAUGAAGUGCGAGCACGAGCGCGCCGUGCACUUGUUUGUGGACUCCUUGAUGAGCAAGGACCACAUGAGCUUUGCCUACCAGUGCACCGGCCCCGACCGCUUCAAGAAAGGCAUCUGCCUCAGCUGCCGCAAGAACCGCUGCAACAACAUCGGCUACAACACCAGAAAGAUGCGCAAGAGGCGCAACAGCAAAAUGUAUCUGAAGACAAACGCCGACACUCCCUUCGGAGGCUACCACUACCAGAUGAAGAUGCACGUGUUCAACAGAAAACAGGCAGACAAUGCAGAUCCCACCUUCCAUGUCCAGCUGUACGGAGCCCAUUCAGACACAGCAAACAUAUUUGUCGAUGUCCACGACGAGAUCAUCGGUCUGAACCUGACCAACACCUUCUUGGUGUUCACUGAGAAGGAUAUCGGUGACCUGCUGAAGAUCCGUCUGAGCUGGGAAGGAGAUUCUGAAUCCUGGAACUCCGUCUGGAAGAACCUCAAGAAGAGUUUCUGGUCCUGGAACGCCAAGCCUCCCAAACCUGUACUGGAAGUCCGGCGGAUUCGUGUGAAAGCUGGGGAAACGCAGAAGAAGUUUACGUUCUGUACCCAAGAUUCUGUUAAAACCGAAAUUUCACCGGGGGACUCCAUAAUUUUCUCGAAAUGUCGUGAUGGCUGGGAAGUGAAGCCAAGAAAACGGCUGCCCAUGUAACAACUCAGCACUUCCAACAACCAAUGCACCAUCACCAUGGGGGACCCAACCUGGAUCAGCGAGAAGCACUGCCUUCUCUUUAUUUGAGCACUUUUCGUAGGAGGAAGAUUGAUCAGCACACGGUGGGAGGGGGCUCGACUGGACUAUCAACUGCACCUGGAAGGUUUCUGGAGACGAGGACUCCGGGGGGGGCGGGGUCAGUCCAGCGUAUACGAGACGGCUGGAAAAUGCAGCGAGGGGGCAGUCCUUUUAAUGUGUUAAGAUUGCCCGAGGAGUUGCAGAACGUUCCUUUUGUGUGGACUAGUGACGUAGAAUACAGAUCUGUGCCAGUGGACAUACACCAGCAAAUGUAGUCGCUGUACUGUACAUUUUUAAAUAUUUUUUAUUUAUGAGAAAAAAUGGAAGCACUGCAAGACCAACGUUAUUUAUCAGAGCACAUCCCAUAAUGAAGCAUAUGUUGAAUGCAUUUCUCCUAGAUGCAGUAUUUGUGUGUGUGAGCAUGUGUUUGUGUACUGUGUGUUGAUGUGUGAGUGUUUGUUUGUGUCUGUUGUGACCAAGAAGUGUGCCUUUCUGCUGAGAGAUUACUGAUACACUGUAUAACUGAUCUCAUUGCACACCAUCUUUCUGAGGUUCUGUGCAUAGUGUUACUGUUACUGUUACUGUAUGUGGCUUAUUUUGGGGUUGUGUUUUUGUAUAUAAUGUAAAUAAGUUUUUGGAAAAAAUAAACUCACCUGUUAUUUGUAGAAA